UCAUUUUUUUAAAAUUAUUUUUAACUUUGUAAUCGAAAGUUGCAAAAACUGAAGGUAUCCUCUAUUAUUAUUAAUAGUAUCGGGAUUUUUGUUACAAUGUAAUCAUGUUACAAAGUCCAUUGUAAACUGUCCAGGAGCACCUUUCCCGCAACGUGGAUGCUUCUUCCUUGGUCCCGGAAUUUUUGGGCAAAGGCGGUGUAUUAUAUUAAGUUUUUGUUACACGUGAAAAUAGUCUAAAUCAGACAAUAGAUUUUUGCACAAUUGGACUGAAAUUCAAAACUGUGAGUGAAGCUAUCCAACCAGUAAAUUAGCUGCCUUUGGAACCAAUAUUCUGAAAUGAUCUUAUAUGAUUCAAACAAGGAAAAUUAACAAAUGAAAGUAAAAGCCUCAUAAGAAGCGUAAUAUAAUUCCAUGAAUUCUCUUGAGAAAACGGUAAGAAAAUAUUUUUUAAGAAAAUAAAUCCUAUAACUCAAAUUUUAAAGUCACCUACAAGUUAUGCGUGUAGACUUAAUGCAUUCUUUAGGAAAUGUAAAAUUUUUAAAGACAUUCCAAUAGAAUUCUUUACUUUCUUUACCAGUAGCGUUUAAUAAAGAGCCAAUGAAGCUUCUUAAUAGUACACCGCUUUUACAUAUUAGGAUCACUACGACUGUUAUAAAAGUUAUACAAACAUUAUUUCGAAAACGUGGUUCUAUUGUUCUAUAUUUCGAUCGAUUAUUUCAUGUGCUUUUUUCGAGUAAUUAGGAUACAUAGGAUUACGAGUAAUUAGGCGAGAUAGUUCCGAACAAAACCCAGACAAUGCGACUUGCCCGUUUAUUGUACCCAUGCUCUUUACUGGUUGGAAUUCGAUUCAUGUGUUCUUAAUUAGAGUAAUCAGAGUUCCUGGUUAGGAUAUUUUAAUGAAAAUACCUAUCAGAAUUAUUUUCAGUAAGAUUUUCAUACAUUUUUAUAUGAUUUCUAAACAGUUACCCUUCUUCGCUAGACAAAAAAAAUCGAACCGCUGCUAGGGUAGUGAUAUAAUUUGGAAUUUGUGUUUCAAGUUGGACAAUUCGCCGGUAUAAGUUGAACAUGGCUUUUUUCACAAUAAAUACACUACGAAAUUUGUUUUUAAGCACAAGGAACCAAAUUAUAAAACUAAAGCAUUAAAAAUAUAUAAAUAAAAAUUAAGUACUAAAUUUAUCAAGAAAAAAACCCUUUCCAAAUUGUACCAUCGUCCAACUUGUACGACUUUACCCUAUGUCACGAAGUUUUUGCUUUGUCCAGAACUACGCUGCAGCAUUUUACUAAUUCAGCCUCUUCAGCUGUAAGUUUAUUAAGGAUCUUUUAAAAUGUGAUACAAAAAAACAUGAAAUUAUGAAUAUAAAAAACGUGACUAUUUUUGUUUAUACAUUUUUUAUAGCUACACGAAAUGUUUUUCAUAUAAAGAAAUUAACUCUUUAAUAUAUUUUUGCAUGUCUUCAAAUUUUCCUUUAAAAAAUUAGGACCUUUGAAAUAUCUGCUUCAGAAGGCAUUCGAUUAGCAAUCAAUAUCCAUUACACGUCAUGAGUUUGAGAUGAAAUCUUUUUGGAGAGGGGUGGGGCGGGGAGAUAAUGGAACACCCACUGGAAUUCUUCCAAGGUGGCACUUGACAAUUGUUUUUGUGAUCGACAGCAGGGAAAGAGUACAAAAAACCUUUUUCGUGACUAUUUUCGCCAAGUGUGCUAGUAAAAUUUCUCAAUUGAGUGAACAAAGCGAUGGCCGAUGAGGAGAAUCAGAAGGUGGCAGGUCACAAACCUGCAGUGAAAGUUGGUGGGAUGAGAGUUGUCCAGCACAGGGCCACUAAUGCUGACAAAACAUCCGGGGACAGCCCAGAAGACACUACUGGACUGGCUCCUGCUCCAGCAAUUCCUAAUUCACAGAUUGUGAGCGGUGCCCACACGAGAGGACAUUCCGAAUUCACGCCAGAAGCUGCACAGGUGGCACAUUUGCCAAAACCCCCAAAUCCAGUUUCAAUUAAACCCCAAGUGAAUAUACAACAGCCCAGGAAAUAGGCUAUUUCCCAGUGCAGAAAAAUCGCCCAGAUACUUCAACUGCAAUUUUACUUGGAUUUUUGUUACGGAAAAAACAAUAAAUUACCAGCUAUUUGA